CUAGGUAAUAAAAUCUAUAGUUGAGGAAGUAGGAGGAAGAGGAAUUACAGGGCUCUUUGCGAUGCGUAUAGGUUAAUGGGUCCUUAUGCCCUAAGUGAUGGAGGUCACGGAAGUUCCUGCUUUAGGGUUAGGGUUGCACCUCCCUCUAUGACCUCAUACUCCCUGCUCCCUGGAGUUCCAUGUUCCAGGCAUAGGCACGCCGUCACAACGCCCCCAAAACCUCCUCGCACAAGGCUCCAGGAAUGCGUAGUAGUGAUAGCCUCUCAUUUGCCGAAAAGGAAAAUACCCGUGGGCGCCGUCGUGGUUGUGGUCGUGCGUGGGCGUGGUGUAGUGGCAUUGCCAGGGCGUGGAGGGUGGUGGGUGGGUGGCCUUCCCAACCGGGUAAUUGCCUAGUUCUCGCUCUAGCUCCUAGGUAGGGUCCAAAUCGCUUAAAAACGAGGUCUUUUCGAAAGAGCCAAAUGGAAAUCGCAUGCGAUUUCGGGGCGGAAAAACCGCUUCCCAGUCGGCCCGGUCAGCCCCUGCCCAGCGCUCCUCGUCCAAUUGACUGGAUUGAGCCAAAUCUUCAGAGAACAGAGGUCUUCGCGAAGGAAGUUUGUAGGCUGGGUACUGCGCCG